AGUUUUCAUGUAUGCUGAUAUUAGAGAAUUUGUAUAUUUGCUGUCAGUGUAAGCUGGAAAGUGAUCUGUGAUCUGUUCUCAGGUGUUUUUGGUGCGGAAGUUAAUGGGUCCAGAUGCUGGUCAACUUUAUGCAAUGAAGGUGCUCAAAAAGGCAUCUUUAAAAGUGAGGGACAGAGUUCGCACUAAGAUGGAGAGAGAUAUUCUGGUGGAGGUCAAUCAUCCUUUCAUUGUGAGGUUGCACUAUGCCUUUCAGACAGAAGGGAAACUCUAUUUAAUUUUGGAUUUUCUCAGGGGUGGGGAUGUAUUUACUCGUUUAUCCAAAGAGGUUAUGUUUACAGAGGAGGAUGUGAAAUUCUACCUUGCAGAGCUGGCCCUUGCAUUGGAUCAUCUACACAACCUAGGCAUUGUUUACAGAGACCUGAAGCCUGAAAACAUUUUGCUUGAUGAAGCUGGACAUAUCAAGUUAACAGACUUUGGGCUCAGUAAAGAAUCAGUAGAUCAGGACAAAAAAGCGUACUCGUUCUGUGGCACUGUGGAGUAUAUGUCCCCUGAGGUGGUCAACAGAAGAGGUCACACGCAGAGUGCUGAUUGGUGGUCCCUCGGCGUCUUAAUGUUUGAAAUGCUGACCGGCACAUUACCGUUCCAAGGAAAAGACCGGAACGAGACUAUGAACAUGAUUCUUAAAGCAAAGCUGGGAAUGCCACAGUUUUUAAGUUUGGAAGCACAAAGUCUUUUACGAAUGCUCUUCAAACGAAAUCCAUCAAAUCGUUUAGGAGCGGGUCCUGACGGAGUGGAGGAGAUCAAACGGCACACGUUCUUCUCCACCAUCGACUGGAAUAAACUGUACAGAAGAGAACUUCAGCCUCCAUUCAAACCUGCUGCAGGGAAACCAGAUGACACCUUCUGCUUCGACCCAGAAUUCACAGCCAAAACUCCCAAAGAUUCUCCAGGUAUUCCUCCCAGUGCAAACGCUCACCAGCUCUUCAAAGGCUUCAGUUUUGUAGCUCCAGUCUCUCUGGAGGACAGCAGAAGUGCCCCGCUGGUCAACAUUCUCCCCAUAGUGCAGAUGCAUGGAGGCAUGGCUCAGUUUGCAGACGUGUACGAGCUGAAGGAGGAUAUCGGCGUGGGUUCGUACUCCAUAUGCAAACGCUGCACACACAGAGUCACUGCCAUGGAGUUUGCUGUGAAGAUUAUUGACAAAAGCAAGCGCGACCCGUCAGAGGAGAUCGAGAUCCUGAUGCGGUACGGCCAGCAUCCCAACAUCAUCACGCUGAAGGACGUGUACGACGAGGGCCGCUUCGUGUAUCUGGUGACGGAGCUGAUGAAGGGCGGCGAGCUGCUGGAUAAGAUCCUCAGACAGAAGUUCUUCUCGGAGCGAGAGGCCAGCGCUGUGCUCUACACCAUCACCAAAACUGUGGACUACCUGCACUGCCAGGGGGUGAGAGACCAGACUCUAUCCACGUGUUUACCAGAAGAGCUUCACCAAUCAGUAGCUGCUGCUAGCUAUGAGAGACAUGAUAGCUUAGUGAUCCGAUCUCAGAUGCUGCUGAUGCGGCAGGGCUACGACGCCGCCUGUGACAUCUGGAGUCUGGGAGUCCUGCUCUACACCAUGCUGGCGGGGUACACACCCUUUGCUAACGGCCCCAACGACACGCCGGAGGAGAUCCUGCUGCGCAUCGGCAGCGGGAAGUUCUCCUUGAGCGGAGGAAACUGGGACUCGGUGUCCGACUCCUCGAAGGGCCUGCUGUCUCAUAUGCUGCAUGUGGACCCUCACCAGCGGUACUCCGCAGAACAGGUGCUGAAGCACUCGUGGAUCGCCUGCCGCGACCAGAACCCGCACUUCCAGCUCACUCGCCACGAGGCGCCUCAUCUGGUGAAGGGAGCGAUGGCUGCCACGUACUCCGCGCUCAACCACCAGACAUGUAAGCCACUUCUGGAGCCGGUCGCUGCCUCCAGUCUGGCUCAGCGCAGGAGCAUGAAGAAGCUGACGUCUGCAGACAUGUCCUGAGGAGCCUGACACGCAUCUCGAGCUUCUGUUUCUCUCUGGGAGAGUGAAGAACACCAGCUCCAUCACGUGUUUGAAUGCUCUCUCUCCGAGACCCAGAGCUCUAGAAGAAACGUCCAGCUCGUGUAGUUUGUGCAGAAAGUACAGGAAGCCUGUUUGUUGGGCCAUUAAGAACAUUUCGUGACAAUCCAAUCCCGCAGAUUUCCUGUAUAUCAGGAUUGGUUUUCGCUAAAUUCUCCAGUAUGUGGUACGAGACGUUCUUCUAAAUGCUUUACAGGUGAAACGAUGUCUAGUUUUUCCCACGUGAGCUGAAAGGAGAUGAUAAAUGUG